GGGACCGACCCACUUGGGAAAGAGACGGGGGGGGAGGUGACAGAGUGCGCAUGCGUUUUAUACUACCAUGGCGGAAUUGGAACUCGGGCAACAUUGCCAGGUGGAACAUUGUGGGCAGCUUGACUUUCUACCUUUUGUCUGUGAUGGCUGUUCAGGUGUUUUUUGUCUUGAGCACAGAAGUCGAGCUGCUCAUGGUUGUUCUGAGGUGAAUCUAAAAAGUGGGGAUGUGAAACCAGAUCAUCACACAUCAUACUUGUGCAGCUAUAAAGAUUGUGAAAGAAAAGAGCUGGUUCCUGUAUUAUGCUCCUAUUGUGAGAAACAUUUUUGUUUAAGGCAUCGUCAUCAAUCAGACCACGAGUGUGAGAAACUGGAAACCCCUAAACCUCGUAUGGCUGCUACCCAGCAGCUUAUUAAAGAUAUUGUCGAUUCCAAGAAAGAAGCCAGAGUGAAUAAAAGAUGCAGAGGAGCCAAGAGCAGUGAAACAGCAGCCAAGGUAGCUCUAAUGAAACUGAAAAUGCAUGCAUGUGGAGAUAAAUCUGUGCCACAGACAGAAAGAAUUUAUUUCCAAGUGUUUUUACCUAAAGGAAGCAAGGAGAAAAGCAAGCCCAUGUUCUUUUGUAAUAACUGGAGCAUUGGCAAAGUAAUUGAUUUUGCAGCUUCCAUGGCAAACCUUAAAAAUGAUAACAACAAAACCACAGCCAAGAAAUUAAGACUUUGUCAUCCAUCAUCUGGAGAAGCCUUACCUCUUGAUCACAUCCUAACAUCUUAUAUAAACCAUGAAGAAUCUGCAUUGUAUAAUGGUGGAAACGUGGUCUUGGAAUACCUUGAUAAUGAAGUUCAACUGUUGGAAGAUGCAAACUCAUAUUUAGAAUAAUUAUAACUGUCCAUAUUAUAUAUUACAUGUAACACAAAUCAAAACUUGUUUUAUAGUUCGUAUAAACAUGUGUGUUUCUUGGA